AUGAGGAGAUUCUCCACAGCAGUCACCAUCACCGACCCUCUGGUCAAAUACCAGUCCCUGGUAGCCGCAGGCAUCUACUCCCCCGAUCCCGCUCAGCACCGCCUGGCACGGCAUCUACACAAGGUCUACGCCCGCAUAAAGGACUACUCCCCCCAAGCCGACUAUCGCCAGCGACUAGACCAAGUCGCCCGCCUCAUCGAGCCCAAGAAGAAACCGUCACAGGAAGAAGAGACAGGCGAGGGCCUCUUGGCACUGCGGCACCACGCGAUAUGGCGGAAUCCCCUGUUCAAGCACCUGCUCAGCACGCCCGAGGGCAGGGAGAGCCUCGCUCUGACCCGGGUGCUGACGAACCACCAGACGGCCAUUGACAUUGACUCUCCCAAGGGACUGUUCCUUUCGGGGGAGGUGGGCACGGGAAAGUCGAUGCUUCUAGACUUGCUGGCCGAGGGCCUGCCCACGCAGAAGAAGAAGCGAUGGCACUUCAACACGUUCAUGCUCUACACGCUAUCGCAGCUUGAGCAACAUCGAAGAUCCAGUCCUCCCCAGUCUUCUUCUUCUUCUUCCGAUUCGCCAGCCGCAGAGUACUCUCUCCUCUGGAUGGCCAAGAAGCUGGUCGACGAGUCCCCCAUUCUCUUCCUGGACGAGUUCCAGCUGCCGGACCGAGCGGCCAGCAAGAUCCUCAGCAACCUGUUCGUCGCCUUCUUCCAGCUCGGCGGCGUUCUCGUCGCCUCGUCAAACCGGAUGCCCGAGGAGCUGCAGAAAGCGACGGGCAUCGAUUACGCGCCGACGUCGAGGGGCCUCAUGGGCAAGAUCUUCGGGGGCGCGUCGCGCAAUCGCGGAGAGCUCUUUGGCCAGACGAGCGACUUUGCCGCUUUCCUCGAGGUGCUCAAGGCUCGGUGCGACUUCUGGCAGAUGGAGGGAGCGCAGGAUUGGCGGAGGCGAGAAGAAGACUCCAGUCCUACUGCUGCUCCUGUGAAGCAAGCAGCAGACGGAGACGUCAAUGGCGCCUUGCCAGUCGCUGCGCCAGUGGAGCGAAAGGAAGAAGACGAGAGCGGCAAGGCCAGGAAGAGGAGGCCGCCUUACUAUUAUCUCUUUGACGAAGACGACCAGUCCUUUACACAAACAGUGCAACAGAUCGUUUUAGCAUCCGAUAACCAGCCCGUUCCAUGGGAACCAUCCAACCUCAUCGUCUACGGCCGCCGGGUCGUCGCACCGCGCCACUACAACGGCUUCGUCUUCUGGACCUUUGACAAGCUCGUCGAGUCCUUCGGACCAGCAGACUAUCUCACAAUGGCGUCGACAUACCACACCUUCAUCAUCGACCGCGUCCCCAUACUGACGAUCCUGGCCAAGAACGAAGCAAGGCGCUUCAUCACCCUCCUCGACGCCAUGUACGAAGCGCGCUGCAAGCUCGUCAUCCGCGCCGAAAGUCCUCCCGACGACCUCUUCUUCCCAGAGACAUCAUCAUCGUCAAGACCCCUGGGGAAAUCCGACAAGCUCAGCAGCAGCACUGUAGCAAAAGACGACGACGCAACGUAUUCCGAAACAGUGGCCGAGGUCUACCAAGACCAAAUCGCCCCCUUCCGCCCCAACGUGUCCUACUACGACACCGCAUCCGCCACGUCCAAAUACGACCCGGAUCAAGAUUCGGACUUUGGCUUGCUGCGGAAACGAGGGCCGCUCGAUUUCGGCAACACGAGCGCCUUUACGGGCGAGGACGAGCGCUUCGCUUACAAGAGAGCCGCGUCGCGGCUGUGGGAGCUGUGCAGCGCGAGGUGGCACGCCAGGACGGGGGAUUGGUGGCAGCCGCUGGCGAUGGAGGCGCGGCACUGGGAGGGCGGAGAGGCGUCGAGGCCGUACCGGGUCAAGGAGGCUCUGGAGAGGGAGAAGAAGAAGAAGAAGCUGGGCAGUGGCGAGGGGAUGGGGGAGAGCGUGGAGGUGGAUGAGGUGGCAGGGCUGUCGCGAUGGAGAAUCGAGCAGCUGAAGAAGCGGAGCGAAGAGAGGACGGUUUGA